UAUUCUUAAACAAACACGCGAGGCGGAAUUUGGAUUAGGGUUACUAAUGCUCGCGGAUUGAAAAAUAGGUCGGCCGUCAGCGCCUCAAGGUGGUUUCCCUCUCAUCGAUCCGCCGGCGAUGUCCGCAAAAAGUUCUAAAGAAAAAGAUGCUGCGCCUGGGGGAAGGAUGCAGGAGUUCAAGACUAAAACUAAGAAGAAGAAAAUUGGUAACGAGAUCGACGAGAUUUUCCAAGGAAAGAAGAGAAAGAGUGCUCCCGUUGAUGGUCAGGAAGCCAAUGACGGCGUAAAUAAGCUAGAUAAGGGGGCAGCGGAGAGCGGUAGCUCAAAAAUGAAGGAUCAGAAGAAGAGGAGGAAAGGAGCUCUGAAUGAAGAUUCCAAUACGCCAAGCCGCCGCCGGCGUACAUCUGACGGCCUCGCCAUUUACUCCGCGGAUGAGCUUGGUUUCGGGAAGACUGACGCCGGAGGUACCCCUCUUUGUCCCUUUGACUGUUCUUGCUGCUUCUGAUCAGUAGAAGGAAUUGCCAAGGUGGCUCCUUUCCGUCCGUUUAUUGUCCAGUUCUUACUACCCUGAAUACCAUCAUUCGAUUGUGUUGUCAUCUGUAAACGAUUGAGUUUUUUUGCAAGACAAUCGAACAUAUUGGUGAAUUUAUUCGACUCAUGCUUUAGCGUUUUA